GUUCCCGGCAUGCCGCGUUCCAGGCCGGACUUCUGGGUGUGGGCGGCAGCGAGCCGCGGGACGUUCUGGGAGAGCGGAGCGUGCGGGCCUCGCGGGAAGUCGUCUUUCACGUCUGACUUCCGGGGGCCGGCGAGUGAGCGGCCGGAGGAGGGGGCGGUGAGGCGGGAGAGGAGCUUGGGGCCGGGUCUCGGGUACGAGCCGAGCCCCAGGCCCCAGGCCAGAGACAGGGAGGAGUUUUCGGGGCCGCCAACAUGAAGUUAUGCAUCCUCGUCCUUUCCGUCUGGUUCCCCCUAACGUUGGCGUGGAGACCCCCAGACGAGCCCGGUUAUGACUCUCAUCCCCCGAACGAGAAGCUUGAUUCCAUGCUAUCAGACUAUGAUAUCCUUUCUCUGUCAAACAUCCAGCAACACUCUUUGAGGAAAAGAGAUCUACAGACAGCAUCGCAUUUAGAAAGAUUAUUGACUUUUUCAGCCUUACAUAGGCAUUUUAAGGUAUAUCUAACAUCAAGUGCUGAACGCUUUUCACAAAAUUUCAAAGUGUUGGUCGUGGAUGGGAAAGAAGAACAAGAAUAUCCUGUAAAAUGGCAAGAUUUUUUCACGGGGCAUGUAGUGGGUGAACACAAUUCCAGGGUUCUGGCCCAUAUAGGUGAUGAUGACUUUACAGUAAGAAUCAAUACAGAUGGAGCAGAAUAUAACAUAGAGCCACUCUGGAGAUUUAUUAAUGAUACCCAGGACAAGAGAAUGUUGGUUUAUAAAUCUGAAGAUAUUAAGAAUGUUUCACGUUUCCAGUCUCCAAAAGUAUGUGGUUAUUUGAAGAUUGAAAAAGAGGAACUGCUCCCUAAAGGACUGGAAGACAGGGAGCAACAUACAGUGCAUGUUCAUCGGGAGAAGAGAGCUCCUCCAAAUCCAAUGAAGAAUACAUGCAAGUUACUGGUGGUAGCAGACCAUCGUUUUUACAAGUACAUGGGCAGAGGGGAAGAGAGCACAACUACAAAUUACUUAAUUGAGCUGAUUGACAGAGUUGAUGACAUCUAUCGGAAUACCUCCUGGGACAAUGCAGGUUUCAAAGGUUAUGGCAUACAGAUAGAACAGAUUCGUAUCCUCAAGACACCUCAAGAGGUAAAACCCGGUGAAAAGCACUUUAACAUGGCAAAGAGUUAUCCCAAUGAAGAGAAGGAUGCUUGGGAUGUGAAGAUGUUACUAGAGCAAUUCAGCUUUGAUAUAGCUGAGGAUGCAUCAAAAGUUUGCCUUGCGCAUCUUUUCACAUAUCAAGAUUUUGAUAUGGGAACCCUUGGAUUAGCAUACGUUGGAUCUCCCAGAUCAAACAGUCAUGGAGGUGUCUGUCCAAAAGCUUAUUAUAGCUCAGUUGGGAGAAAGAACAUCUUUCUGAACAGUGGUUUGACCAGCACAAAAAAUUAUGGUAAAACCAUCCUUACAAAGGAAGCCGAUUUGGUUACAACUCAUGAACUGGGACACAACUUUGGAGCAGAACAUGAUCCUGAUGGCUUAGCAGAAUGUGCCCCAAAUGAAGAUCAGGGAGGAAAAUAUGUUAUGUAUCCAAUAGCCGUGAGUGGCGACCACGAGAAUAAUAAGAUGUUUUCAAACUGCAGUAAACAAUCCAUCUUCAAAACUAUUGAAAGUAAGGCUCGGGAAUGUUUUCAAGAACGCAACAACAAUGUGUGUGGGAAUUCCAGGGUGGAUGAAGGAGAAGAAUGUGAUCCUGGCAUUAUGUAUCUGAACAAUGACACCUGUUGCAAUACAAACUGUACCUUGAAAAAAGGAGUUCAGUGUAGCGAUAGAAAUAGUCCUUGCUGUAAAAAUUGUCAGUUUGAGACAGCUGAGAAGAAGUGCCAGGAGGCCAUUAAUGCUACCUGCAAAGGCGUAUCCUACUGUACAGGUAACAGCAGUGAAUGUCCCCCUCCUGGAAAUGCUGCAGAUGAUACUGUUUGCUUGGAUUUAGGAAAGUGUAAAGAUGGAGAGUGUAUUCCCUUCUGUGAGAGGGAGAAGAAUCUCCAGUCUUGUGCAUGUAAUGAAACUGACCACUCUUGCAAAGUGUGCUGUAGGGAUGAAUCUGGCCGAUGUGUUCCAUACCUUGAUGCUGACAAUAACUUCUUAUUUUUGAGGAAAGGAAAGCCCUGUACUGUGGGAUUUUGUGACAUGAAUGGUAAAUGUGAGAAACGAGUGCAGGAUGUGAUAGAGCGAUUUUGGGAUUUCAUUGAUCAGCUGAGCAUCAAUACUUUUGGGAAGUUUUUAGCAGACAACAUUGUUGGUUCAGUCCUUGUCUUUUCCUUGAUUUUGUGGAUUCCACUCAGCAUUCUUGUACAUUGUGUGGACAAGAAAUUGGAUAAACAGUAUGAGUCCUUGUCUUUGUUUCACCCCAGUAAUGUGGAAAUGCUGAGUAGCAUGGACUCAGCAUCUGUUCGCAUCAUCAAACCAUUUCCUGUGCCUCAACCCCCUGGUAGACUUCAGCCACUCCAGCCUGCUCCAGUGAUGCCCUCCGUGGCUCCAAAGCUGGACCACCAAAGGAUGGACACCAUUCAGGAAGACCCGAGCACUGAUUCAAUCCUUGAUGAAGGAUCCUUUGAAAAGGAUCCUUUUCCAAAUAGCAGCUCGGCUGCAAAGUCUUUUGAGGAUCUUACAGACCAUCCUGUCACAAGGAGUGAAAAGGCAUCCUCUUUUAAAUUACAACGCCAAAGUCGUGUGGACAGCAAAGAAACAGAGUGCUAGUUUAGGGUUUUUGUCUCCAGCUUUUUUGACUUGCUUGUUCAAAAUAAUUUUUUAUGGGUUUAAUCUAAAAUCAUUACAUUAUUUCAAGGGGCUAGAUAGGAAAUGGGACAAAUAAGGAAGUAACUUAACAGCAGAUGCUGGGCAUGUGUUUGACCUUCCUUUAUUGAAAUAAUCCUCCUGUCUUAGCCCUUUUUCCUUUCAAGGAGGUAAGCUUGUUUUGAAGCUUUUUGGUUUGAUUUAAUUUUUUUGAAUCUUUAAAAUGUACUAUAACCUGUGGUGCAAAAAGCAGAAAAAUCUAGCUAGAUCAGACUGUGUAUGUUUGCUUUUUGUAAUUUAACUUUUUCUUCAUAACAGCACUGAUUAGAGAGGUGAGAUUUU